AUGUCAGUUUUUGCGGAACUAAAAGGUAAAUUAGAUCAAGCGAUAACUGGAGUGAAUCGAUAUAAUCCAAAUAAUGUUGACACACUUGAGAGUUGCAUCGAAGCAAUGGUGCAAGAAAAUCAGUACGACAAAGAUAUAUUGGUCACCACGCUAAAGCUCUAUCAGCUUAAUCCUGACAAGUAUAAUGAAAGUGUUGUGAAGCUAAUAUUAUUGAAAACGAUGAUGAUGGCUCCAAAAAGUGAUUAUGCUCUCGCAAAAUAUCUAAUUGAUUCCAGCCGAGUUGUUUCACCGGAGCUUAAAAGAGUAUUUGACAUUGGAGCUUUGUUGGAAUCUUGCAAUUUCGCUGUAUUUUGGCGUUUAAUGCGAGGGGAUUAUCGGCCACUAGAUGACGUCAAUGAGCCAUUUAGACAGCCUGGGGAAAUUCCAAAAAUCAUUAGAACAGUACCAGGAUUUGAAGAAAGUGUGAGAAAUUAUGCAUGCCAAGUAAUCAAUGUUACUUUCCAGAACAUUGAAAAAUCUCUCCUCAUUCGCUUAUUAGGUGGUGUUUCCGAUAAGCAAGUAAACGAAUAUGCCCGAUUUUAUGGAUGGAUACCGAAGGAGAAUGGUGAAGUAUACUUCGUACAGAAUCAUGAAGCAACAAUCAAAAGUAGAAACAUUGAAGAGAAACUUCAAUUUGAUACCUGUAAGGACUUGCUGCGAAUGUGUUCCUGA